CUGUGCCCGCAGGUGCCGGGCGCCAUGGCCCCCCCCAAGGACAUCAUGACCAACUCGCACGCCAAGUCCAUCCUCAACGCCAUGAACGCCCUGCGGAAGAGCAACACGCUCUGCGACGUCACCCUCCGCGUGGAGCAAAACCCGGCCCACCGCAUCGUCCUGGCUGCCUGCAGUGACUACUUCUGCGCCAUGUUCACCAGCGAGCUCUCAGAGAAAGAUAAACCCUAUGUAGAUAUCCAGGGACUGACAGCCUCCACCAUGGAAAUCCUGCUAGACUUUGUAUACACAGAAACUGUUCACGUGACAGUAGAAAACGUCCAAGAAUUGCUCCCAGCGGCAUGUCUGCUUCAGCUGAAAGGUGUGAAACAAGCUUGCUGUGAAUUUCUAGAAAGCCAGCUGGAUCCAUCAAAUUGUUUGGGCAUUCGGGAUUUUGCUGAGACACACAAUUGUGUUGAUCUAAUGCAAGCUGCAGAGGUCUUCAGCCAGAAACAUUUUCCAGAGGUGGUUCAGCAUGAAGAGUUUAUCCUCUUAAAUCAAGAAGAGGUUGAAAAGCUCAUCAAGUGUGAUGAAAUUCAGGUGGACUCUGAAGAGCCAGUUUUUGAGGCAGUUAUAAACUGGGUGAAGCACUCAAAAAAAGAACGGGAAGCAUCACUGCCAGAACUGCUGCAGUACGUGCGCAUGCCACUUCUCACCCCCCGCUACAUCACAGACGUCAUCGACACCGAGCCUUUUAUACGAUGCAGUCUGCAGUGCAGAGACCUUGUAGAUGAAGCUAAGAAAUUUCAUCUUCGGCCGGAGCUCCGGAGUCAGAUGCAAGGACCCAGGACAAGAGCACGUCUAGGAGCUAAUGAAGUCCUGCUUGUGAUCGGUGGCUUUGGCAGCCAGCAGUCACCUAUUGAUGUUGUGGAGAAAUACGACCCGAAGACUCAGGAGUGGAGUUUCUUGCCAAGCAUCACCCGUAAGAGGCGUUACGUUGCUACAGUGUCCCUGCAUGAUCGGAUCUAUGUGAUUGGGGGGUAUGAUGGUCGCUCUCGUCUCAGUUCGGUGGAGUGCUUGGAUUAUACAUCAGAUGAGGAUGGUAUCUGGUACUCCGUGGCUCCGAUGAACGUACGGCGAGGCCUGGCAGGAGCCACAACCCUUGGAGACAUGAUCUAUGUUUCUGGUGGGUUUGAUGGAAGCCGACGUCACACCAGUAUGGAACGAUAUGACCCGAACAUUGAUCAGUGGAGUAUGCUGGGAGACAUGCAGACAGCACGGGAAGGAGCAGGGCUUGUUGUAGCUAAUGGAGUUAUCUACUGCCUCGGUGGCUAUGAUGGGCUGAACAUACUGAAUUCUGUAGAGAGGUAUGAUCCCCACACUGGACACUGGACAAAUGUCACCCCAAUGGCCACUAAGCGCUCAGGGGCUGGAGUGGCUCUGCUGAAUGACCAUAUUUAUGUAGUUGGUGGGUUCGAUGGGACGGCACAUCUCUCCUCUGUGGAAGCCUAUAAUAUUCGCACUGAUUCCUGGACAACUGUAACAAGCAUGACAACCCCCCGCUGCUACGUGGGGGCCACCGUGCUGCGGGGAAGGCUGUAUGCAAUUGCUGGAUACGAUGGCAACUCACUGCUGAGCAGCAUUGAGUGCUAUGAUCCCAUCAUUGACAACUGGGAAGUGGUAACCUCCCUGGGGAUGCAGCGCUGUGACGCUGGAGUCUGCGUCCUUCGGGAGAAGUGA